AUGCCGUCCAAGUCUGGUUUCGGCUUCGAUCCCUACGGCAUGGCACGCCAUAGCCGACGACCCAUAAUCCAACGCUUCGACGAAUACUACAGAUGUUAUCCUGUCAUCAUGGCGCCGGGCAGCGAGCGCCCAGAGUUGAACUACGGAUCCAAGAUUAUCCUCCCUCCAUCAGCUCUUGACAAAGUUUCCAAGCUCCAUGUGCAGUGGCCUCUGCUGAUGGAGAUGAUCAACGGUGAGAAGGGCAAGCACUCACAUGCCGGAGUUCUGGAAUUCAUUGCCGAAGAAGGUCGUGCAUAUAUUCCCCAGUGGAUGAUGGUAACACUAAGCUUGGACGUUGGCGACAUGAUUCAAAUUCGAACUACUUCGUUGGAGCUCGCAAGGAUGGUCAAGCUUCAGCCCCAAUCGGUUAACUUUCUCGAGAUUAGCGAUCCGAAGGCCGUAUUGGAAAAAGCUUUUAGGAAUUUUGCAACUUUAACAAAGGGCGAUAUUUUCAACUUUGAAUACAACGAUGACGUAUACGAUGUUGCGGUUUUGGAUGUUAAGCCAGAGACGGACAAGAUGGGCGUCAGUAUGAUUGAAACCGACGUAUCGGUCGAAUUUGCCGCGCCCGUUGGCUACGUAGAGCCUGAGAAGAAGAGCGGAACAAGCACUCCACGGAGUACUAUGGGAGGCGUGCCUGCCGGUGGUAUCUUGCACAAUCAGGGGACCAUGGCACAAGCCAUCAACUACAGCUCUAUCGCACCAUCAGUGACCAGCGUGCCGACCAAUUUCCUCGGCGAAGGUCAACGAGUGGCCAAGAAAGGCAGUAAGACUGCAACACCGAAGCCCGCUACACCAGUGCCGGUGGAAACAACUGCAGUUCCCAAAAAACGAACCGGCGCUCCGGUGCCCCUUCGUCUACCUCCCAACAAGCUUUUCUUCGGAUACGAGCUGAAGCCGUUGAAGACAGACGCUGAGAAGGAGCAAGAGAAGGCGCCAAAACAUCACUUUGCGGGCCAAGGACAAAGUUUGCGCGGAACUGUUAAGAGAAAGGGAGACGCUGAUGAUAAGUCCAAGGCCCCAGAUAAGAAGGGGCCAAGCGAUGGCAACAGACUAGAUGGCCGAUCACCGCGAUAA